ACCUUACUUGCAGUUGCUUGCAGUUUUAUGUAGCUUUUUGUGAUGGUAAUCUAACUAACAUUUAACAUAUUUAUAAUGUUAACACUAACAUGUAUUAUUAAAAAAGGGUUUUCGUCUAUAUUUUAACAAUGAACUAAUGAUAUGUAAAGAGCAAAGCAUAAAAUGAAAACAUGGCACAUAUAUUAACUCCAUUUGUAUACUGGGCUCAGACAGAACAUCAAGUUACCUUAAAGGUAGAAUUGACUGACGUUAAGGAUAUUAAUGUUUACAUGGAUGAAAAGAAGUUAGAAAUUGCUGCUCAAGGGCAUGGUGUCAGAGGUCUUAAUAAUUAUGGAUUCAAUCUUGAUUUACAUUCAUCUAUUAACACUAAGGAAAGUAAUUACAAAGUAAUAGAUCGACAAGUUGAUCUCAUACUAAAAAAGAAAUGCCCUGCGUGGUGGCCACGAUUAACAAGCCAACCACAAAAACCGUCGUGGUUAAAGAUCGAUUUUGAUAAAUGGACCAGUGAAGAUUUAGAGGAUAAUGAAGAUGAAAAACGUGAUAUACGCAAUGAUUAUCCCGGCAUGUAUGACAAACUUCAUCAAGAAGAAUUUGGUUAUAGAAAAGAGGAUUUCAAGAAGGUGUAUUUAAUUAUAUAUAAUCUUUGUCAGCUUGUUGGUUUUAUAUAUGUUCUUACUGUAAUGGGGAUAAUGUAUUCACGAGAUGGACCAGUCUCUAUGAAAGAAAUUUAUGCAGCUGUUGGAAAUCCAAUGAAAUUUAUACAACUUUUACAGUUUUUAGAAGUUAUGCAUUCAUUAUUUGGUUAUACUAGUAGUAAUACAUUGGUAUCACUUGCACAAGUAGGAGGUAGAUCGUUUAUAUUAUUUUGUAUGAUUGAAGCCGAACCGCGUAUGCAAACUAAACCUGUUGUUUUUUAUCUUUUUCUUGUUUGGAGUACUGUGGAAAUAGUUAGAUAUCCAUAUUAUAUAACACAAUUACUAAAAAUAGAAAUAUCAUUUUUAACAUGGUUGAGAUAUACGAUAUGGAUGCCCCUAUAUCCACUAGGAUUUCUCUGUGAAGGAAUCAUAAUAUUAAGAAAUAUUCCAUAUUUUGAAGAAACACAUAAAUUUACUAUUUCUUUACCAAAUUCUUGGAAUUUUGCAUUUCACUUUCCAUCAUUUCUAAGAAUGUACUUGCUUAUAUUUUGUUUACCUAUUAUGUACAUGUUAAUGACCCGUAUGAAUCGAAUGCGUUAUAAAAAAUUAGGUAAAUCUAAAUUACAGAAGAAAUAUGCAUGAUUUAACAAGUAAGUUAAAAUUACGAAAUUAGAAAUUCGAUAAAAUUAUAUAACAAUAAUUCAUAGGGUUAUAUUAUUAAAUUUAUGAUACAUUUAAAUAAUAAAUCACUGUCCUGUGUAUAUUGUCGCGCUAGGUGACGGUGUUAAUUAGAGAAUUUUAUAAUUACCCGUA